AUGUCUACGAGCCAACUCAGAGCACGAAGUAACCAUGCCGUUCCAUUAGCAACCGGUAACUCUGCAUUCAGAGUAUUAUUUAUAUUAUUUACCCAAUGUACUAAACUUAUUCAUGCAUUGCCGUUGGUAAAUAAGUCAGGAAAAACCCACUAUAGUGGGCAUAAGAUUGUCCAUGCGACUGAUAAAAUGACUCCUGAAGCUUUUUAUUUUAAUUUAUUUGUAUCUAUGUCUCUAGUGUUGGCAGGUGGUUGUUUCGCAGGUCUUACACUAGGACUUAUGGGUCAGGAUGAAGUUUAUUUAAAAGUAAUGGCCAGUAGUGGUGAUAAAAAGGAACGAAAAUAUGCAAAUAAAGUAUUAAAUUUAAUAAGCAGAGGUAAGCAUUGGGUCUUGGUUACAUUAUUAUUGUCAAAUGUGAUCACAAACGAAACAUUACCUAUUGUGUUAGAUAGAUGUUUGGGAGGAGGAUGGCCGGCUGUUGUGACUUCAACUGCCGCUAUUGUUAUUUUUGGCGAGAUUAUUCCUCAGUCAAUCUGUGUGAGAUAUGGGUUGCAAGUUGGGUCUAUGUUUGCACCAUUUGUUUUGGUACUUAUGUAUGCGUUGUAUCCAGUUGCAUACCCAAUUUCUCUUCUUUUAGAUCAUAUUUUGGGGGAAGAUCAUGGUACAGUGUACAAAAAGUCUGGAUUGAAAACAUUGGUUACAUUGCAUAAAACUAUGGGUGUGGAAAGGCUCAACCAAGACGAAGUCACAAUCAUUAGUGCCGUUUUAGAUUUGAAAGAAAAGCCCGUAAGUCAUAUAAUGACACCAAUGGACAGAGUAUAUACAAUGAGUGCAGAUGCUAUCUUGGAUGAGAAGACGGUUGAAGAAAUUUUUAACGCCGGAUUUUCUAGAAUACCCAUACACUUACCGAAAGAACCUCUCAAUUUCAUCGGAAUGCUCUUAGUAAGGGUUUUAAUAAGCUACGACCCUGAAGAUGCUUUACCAGUUGCUUCGUUUCCUUUAGCCACGUUACCUGAAACAGGUACUGAUACAUCAUGCUUGAAUAUUUUGAACUAUUUCCAAGAAGGAAAAUCUCAUAUGGUGGUUGUAAGUGAACACCCUGGCGAGCCUACAGGUGCUCUUGGGGUUUUGACAUUGGAAGAUGUGAUAGAAGAAUUAAUUGGCGAAGAAAUUGUGGAUGAAUCGGAUGUUUAUAUUGAUAUAAACAAGAACAUUAAAAGACUCACACCUGGUCCUUUGUCAAAGAGGAAUUUAACUUCAUACUUGCAUAACCUAUAUUCAUUGAACAACUCCAAAAGAAACUCUAUUGACGAAAAUGGAUCGUUAACUCCUUUGAAGGAUUCUUUUUCAGAGAGAGCCAUGUCGCCGACGAAGAACACCAAUGCCCAUUCGCCGGUCUUGGGACCAGCAGAUGUUCCCUUGAAUUGGAAACCUAAGAAUCCAGCAGCGAACCCUCUUGAUGUUAAUAAAUCUUAUGUUACUAUAAAGAGGCCAAAUAUAGAUACAGUUAAAAAUGCCGUCUUGCCAGGGCCCGACAGGUCUUUCCCUGGUAAAAGUAAGUCGUAUGGUGCAAUUCAUGUUUCAGAGGAGGGCGCACUUAGAGAGGCAAAAAGCAGACAGUCUAACGAUGGACAGAAUGGUGACCGCCAGAAGUUCUUGCUCCCUGAGGAGAGAGAAACAGACGUGUCAGAGAUUGUUCCUGGAAGUCGACAUGACAGUGCUUCAGAAGAGGACAGUCACCAUCUGCAUCAACAGAAUAACAACAACCUAAUCAGUCUUGAGAACGACAAGCCAGAGCAACAUGAACGAUCUUAUAAAACUGGAGGUAUCAUUGAAUCUAUCAUUAACGUUCAAGGUGUACAUAAGACAAUUAUUGAGAACGUUAGUGACGAUGAAAGUGACUAUCAUCCAAAAGUUAGCCCUACCGGCUCUAAGAGGAGUGAAACUGAACAGUUUACCAUAGAAGAUAACGAAGAAGGAAAGGGUUUACUAUCUGAACAAAGUAAUAAACAUGGCUCAAGUUCCUUGACUUUAGGUAGCUCACAUUCCCAAGAUAGCAGAGCUGCUAAAAAAUUCAGUGUCUGGGAUAAGUUUAUGAAUGGUUCAAGUCACGAUUAA